AGAACGAAGGAAGGAAGAAAGAAAGGACGAAAGGAAGGAACGAAAGGGAGUUGCAUGUCCAUGCAUACUCACGUCACUGGGCGGACGUCAUGAGACGCGCCUUGACGCCAGCAGCCGCCUGCGCCGCGCGUCGGUGGGAUUAGACAGGCAGACUGGUCGGAAGUCGCGGACUGACUGAGAGGAGGGAGGGAGAGCGUACACUGGGCAUCGGAAGUGAUUGAUUCUAGGUGCUGCUAAGUUGCGGUUUGAAGUUUUAAAGUGGAACUGGCGCGGUGGAAUUAAGGCUGUAGAGUUGGGUUUCGGUUCCUGUGUCUACAUUCGGAAAAAUGGUUGUGGGAGUUUUGCGGAAGGUCGUGUUAUGGGAGCGGAGUGGAGUUGUCCUCCAUUGGAACCGUUAGGCCUUGGUUCUGUCCUUGUUGUGGUUUGCAGAGCUGCCCGGAGCCACAGGGUUGCUUGGACUGGUACGAUGUGUUGAAAUGGAGCUCUGGUGUGUAGUUUGAAACUUUUUAUUUCGCGUUGGUGGAUCGGGAUUAGGAGCUUGCGGAGCUCAUUCGAUCUCGGAGUUGGCAGGUUGCUGUGUAGGUGAAUUUGAACAAGGGUACUUUUGAUUCGGUGGAAUCGUGCUUAUAGGGCUGAUUUUAUCUAGUGUGGAGGAUUGGUAAUCUUCCCUGUGAGUGUAAGCUGCGGGAGCUUAUUCAGGAACCUGUACUGUAUUUUAGGGGUUCAGUGGAAGUGGAAGACUGAAAGGAUCAGGAAACAACUUUUUGCAACGAUGGGCCUCAACACCAUUGUGCUGCUCUUUGUGAGUUUUUGUUCUUCUGCGGCUGCCCUUUGAGGGGCCAACGCUCCUAGUGUGCAUAGUUGAGCCUGCGGAUAUUCCUUUCCAUUGGUAGGAUUAGUGGGAACUUGAAGUCACCUCACUCAGUUGAGCUGGUACAACGAGGAUUGCCCGUGCUGCUACUGUGAACCCGAUGUUUUAUAGCAGUGUUUGUAUGGAAAAAUUUGUACGAAGUAGACAUUUAUAUUGUCGAGAUUUAUGGUAGUCGGAGGUUAAGUGCACCACGAGAUUCCUUACCCCCUAGUACGGCUGUUCUCCAGGCUGCCCAGCGAUCACGAGUUUAGAAAAAUCGGUUGGAAGAUGGAAGAUACGCAACAUGAGGAAUGGUUACGGGAUUAAAAUUUUGUCAAGAUCCGGUAUUAGGUGACAAGUAAGACUUAUAGUUUCUACUCUGACAUUGCAUUUGGAGAGAGUUGGUAAGAUCCCGUAAAACCAUCAGGAACAGUCCAUGUUCGUUUAGUCAUGGGGUUUGAAGACGAGGAGCCGUUCGGAGCGUCCUCUGGAGAGCAAAAGUAUGAGUCUGCUAUUCGCGCUAGGGCAGAAUUGGACCGAGACUUUUUAUGUCCAAUUUGCCUACAGACAAUGGAAGAUGCUUUCCUUACUCGCUGUGGGCACAGUUUUUGCUACUCAUGCAUUAUGACGCACUUGAACAAUAGGAGUAAUUGCCCUUGCUGUGCUGAGUACCUCACGAUCGACCUACUUAUGCCAAAUUUCCUUCUUACAAAGUUGAUGAAGAAAGCAUCCGCAUUCAAAAUGUUAAAGAAUGCCUCUCCAGCAGAUCCACUACUUCUUGCACUACAACAGGGGGCGGAUUUGCCUGCUAAUGAGCUGGAUUCCUUACUGCUACUCCUUAAUGAAAGGAAGCAAAAACUCGAGCGAGAGGAAGCGGAGUCAAACAUCGAAAUACUACUUGAUUUUUUGCAUCAUUCACAAUCACAGAAACAAGAAAAGUUGCAAGAGGUACAAAAUGAUCUUCAGUUUCUGAAAGAUGACAUAACCACAGUUGAGAGAAGGUUGCGCUGGCUUCUGUUGUCAAAGGAUAGACACAGCAAACGCGUACGUGAGGAGUCUCCGUUUUCUGAUUUAGAUACUCACACAAGAUCCGAUGACGCGAGCACUGGAGGCGCAGUAUCUGUAUGGCGAGGUGGGCAGGGUGGUGCGUAUACUCCAUACAGUGAAGAAGAGUUGUACAGAGUGGAGAAGCCAAGGAUGAGAAACGUGCCCUGCACUUCCGUUACCAAAGAUGUAGUAAAGGCUGGUGGGUUACUUGAAAAUGAUCCAUCGGUGGACUUUCAGGUUGAAUCUGGAGGUGUACAUAAAGUAGCUAAGAAGCGUAAAGUACUAGCACAGUUUGAGGAAUUGCAAGAUGCUUAUUUGUUGAGAAGACGACAAGUUGCUCUUAAGCAACGUCAGAAGCUGCAGCUGCAAGAAUCGGUUAAAGAAAAGGAAGUGUGCAGAGAUACAGAUAAACACGAUGAUGGUUUAGGUGACUUCGAGUCCAUGCUCAUGGCAUACACUCGCUACAGUCAACUUCGUGUUGUUGCGGAGCUUCAUCAUGGCGAUCUUUUUCAAACUUCCUCGAAUAUAGUGUCCAGCAUUGAUUUUGAUGGAGAUGAUGAGCUGUUUGCAACCGCGGGGGUUUCAAGACGAAUUAAAGUUUUUGAUUUCGCAACGGUUAUGAAUGACUUGACGGAUGUGCAUUGUCCUGUAGCGGAAUUCCCAACACGAUCCAAGCUAAGCUGUCUAAGCUGGAAUAAGUUUAACAAACCUCUCAUUGCUAGCAGCGACUAUGAAGGCAUUGUUACAGUAUGGGACAUCAACCGGAGUCAGAGUGUCAUGGAGUAUGAGGAGCACGAGAAGCGUGCCUGGAGUGUUGACUUUUCCCGGACGGAUCCUUCAAUGCUGGUCUCUGGAAGUGAUGAUGGCAAGGUUAAGCUUUGGUGCACUAAUCAGGAGGCUAGUGUUUUUAGUAUAGACAUGAAGGCCAACAUCUGCUGCGUUAAGUACAAUCCUGGUUCAAGCAACCAUAUUGCUAUUGGCUCAGCGGAUCAUCACAUAUACUACUAUGACUUGCGGAAUCCAAGUAACCCUCUCGUUGUAUUCAAGGGUCAUCGGAAAGCCGUAUCCUACGUGAAAUUCAUAUCUUCGAAUGAGCUGGCGUCAGCUUCUACUGACAGCACAUUGCGAUUGUGGGAUGUCCAGACAGAUUCUUGUGCACGAACAUUCAGAGGACAUACCAAUGAAAAGAAUUUUGUAGGUCUGACUGUAAAUAAUGACUACAUUGCUUGCGGCAGUGAAACGAAUGAGGUCGUUGUGUACCAUAAGGCAAUGUCGAAACCGUGUUCUUCUCAUAAAUUCGGCUCCCCAAACUCUGAAGAUAUUGAGGAUGACGGUUCCCACUUCAUAAGUGCAGUGUGCUGGAAGAGUGAGAGCCCGACCAUGUUGGCGGCCAACUCGCAGGGCAUAAUCAAGGUUCUUGUACUGGCAGCUUGAUUGAUUUUUAAAUGAUUUGAUUCAUACAAUAUAGUCGAACUUUUAGCAGAGAAACAGUGUGUGCAGUUGCGUUUAUAUCCUCUGAUGCAAUAGAAGCAGAUUUUUGCUUGGAUUUAUUCGCAUCGAUUCGUAAUCCAAGUUAUGAACCCCUUCACAACACCUCUGUGUUCUCUGGAUAUAUGACGCUCUAAACCUGAAGUUGAAUUCCGACGAAUUAUUCAAUGAUGGGGAUGUAUAUUUUUAUCACCAGAGAAAAAAGAAGUUAGCCCAAACAUGCCAAACCA